AUGAUUGCGGUUCGGUACGGAGAUGGGGCCACCAUUACCAGAAAACUGAAAAGUAUGAGCUGUAACUUCAAACACAUGAUAAGUGAGCAUGAAUGAACGAAAUAAACAAAAAAAUUCAAUGGCCAGUCCUUUGUGCAAAAAGCAGCGAUCAAACAAAAAACGGUUUCAAUAUUUAUUGCUCACCCUGUAAUUGUCGUUUUUUGUGAUAUUUUUGGUCAUCGAAGACUUUAGGAACAGAAUUUUCAACAACUUCUAUUAGGAAAAUCACGCUAAAUAAAUUUUAUUUGGACAGUUUUUUUUUCGUUUGUAGUUCAAAAAAACUCGUUUUUUUAUAAUCGCUGACCCACAAAAAUCGGUGAAUUUUCUUGGAAUGAAAUGAAUUAAAACCAAUAUUUACAGGUUUUUUUCUCGAAUGCCUCGGAGAAUUCCCGAUUUUUCGUUCAAACUCUCAGCGCCAACCUAACUCAUGGCUUCCAUUUAAACACUGUCAGCAAAGUGGUUCGUUCUUUUUUUCGUUUCAACUGAAAAAAAGUGGAGAAGCCGUCAAUAAAAAAAGAAAGUCGAUGAAAAUUUGCAGAAACUUUCACUUUCUAAAAAAAAAUUUCCAGAGGUUUUUUUGAGGAUUUUCAAUUUUUUUCAUUUUUUUAUUCAAGAAUCGCGAAAAAUUCUCUGAAUUCCCCAUUUUUCAGCUUCCUGGCCGUUGCAACAUGAAGAUUUUCAACAACGCCCAAUUCGCCGAACAAUUGGCUCUAGCGGCUGAAAAAUCCUACCAAGAUGUGUACUCUUUGUCGAGGAUGUGUACCAUCCGAAUGUCUUUUUUCAAGGGCUGGGGCGACAGUUAUAAGCGGUCAAAUGUGAGUUUUUCUUCGGAAACUUUUCUCUCAAAUAUUGAGUUAAAAAAAUCAAAAAUAAUUUGAUUCCUCAAAAAAAGGCGUUAGUUUUGGACGAAAAAUGAAGCAAAAAGGUUUUAAAAAAAUAUCAAAAGAAAACCGAUCAAAAAAAUUUUACCUUUUUUUGAAAGUUUAAGUGAAAUCAGGAGCUAAUUUUUUUACGAAUUCAUUCAUUAUUCACAUACAAUUGUAUAGAAAGUCCUGAUGAGGUCCAGAUGUCAAAAAAGAAAAAAAAAACGUAAAAAAAGAUUAUUUUCAAGGUAAGCUAGAACUUUUUACUUAUUUAUUUUUUUCCUCUCCCUUCAUUUCAUUAAUUUUUACAUUUUAAUAUGAAUAUGAUGUAAAGCUAAAAAUUCAGUCAUCAAAUAUUUUUUUGGUUUAAAGUCUAUUUUUAAGUAGGGGGCGCAAAGCCCCGCCCCUUCAUGGCACCAAAAUGACGAUUUUUUGUUGCAGAAACGGUUUUGAGGCGUUUAUACUAACUAAAGUUCUAUCUUAAAAAAUAACUAUUUCUGAAAACUUAUGUAAUCGACAACGCUCUACAAGACGGAAUCUUUUUGAAACCAUGUAUUUUUUUCAUAAAUAAGCGAAAAAAAGUAGGAUUUAACACAAAAAAACUGACAAGUUUCACAAAAAUCGUCGCGUUUCAGAAAACCAAGUGAGGAACGCUUCUAAAUUUUGAGUGUGUUAUACAUUAACACUUUCUUUAUUUUUUGAAGAAAAAUUUAAAAAAAUCUAACGACGCGAAAAAAAAAAUCAAAGCUUGUAAAGUGACACCAAACUUUGAAGCUGAAAUGCGAAAAAAUUUCAGCGACAUGGUAUACUUUUUUUAUUUGAUUUAAUAACUCACAAUGUGUUCAAAAAAAUAAAAAAAUUCAGAAUGAAAAAUAAUUAUUGGGACAGCGAAUCAAAUUAUAUUUGAAUUUUACCAAAACCUCCUUUUUUUCGCCUGCCUCGUUGACGCAUGAGAGAAUAGGAUCGCGUUUAUACUUUUGAUCAGGUUAUUAAGCGUUCAAAACUCUAUCAAUGAAAAAAUUAUGAAAAAAAUCAAACGACGCGAAAAAAAUAACGGCUCUAAAAACCUCGAAAAAAUGUCAAUUUUUUUUGAAAUUUUGGAAGAAUUCGUGCAAGCGUCCGUAGCAGUGUUUGCGUCCAACACACCGAUGCGCCCUUUUAAAUGUCGCAGGAGCCGUUUUUCGGAGUCAAAUUGCACAUUUUCCUGUUUUAUUUCGAAAUAACAUUUUUUUUCAUUUUUUCUUUUUUUAAAACCAAAUGAUAAUAAUUUUUCUCAUUAGAAAAAAGAAAAAUAAGCUAAAAAUUCCUUCUGACCUUUUUUCUAAGUAGUUUUUUGAUAUUUUAUCAAAAAUUCUUAUGAGGAUUGUACAAAAGAUUCAUACCAAAACAUGAAGCUCAGUCCGGACAACCUCUCAGAACAGAAAACCGAUUUGAAAACGGUUCAGACUUACGCAAAAACAUUUAAAAAGAAAGCGUGCGGCAGCGGGUAAACCGUGAGAUUUUGCCUCCAGUUGAACGCCGCGCGCGCUCGUUUUUUGGCCAUAACUUUUUUCUUAGUGGAGCUUUUUUCUGAAACUAAACGGAAUAUGAAAAUGGACAGUCUCCUCUAUCGAACAGUGUGAAAAACAUAUUUUUUGGAUCGUUUUGAAGAAAUGGCUUGCGGACCCUAAUUUUAAGACUCGAAACGACCGCACGAUUAAUAAAAUUCCUUUUGUACCUAUUCUUCAAUAGAUUUUCAAGAAAAUCCACAAUUUCUAUAGAACUUUAAAUCUCUGUCCUCCUUCUUGAAAUCGCUAUUUUCCAAAUCAAACAUCGAAUUAUAUAAGAAAAUUCGUACUUUUUCUGUUUUUUAAAACGGCUCAAUAGAACUGAAAAUCGAAAAGCGGAGUUUCUCGCACCCUUUUCGGAACUCCUAAGGAAAUACAGUUUUUUCAACUUCUCGGAAUUUUUUGGAAUGUUUUUCUCAUCAAUCGACUCGAAAACAAUCAAUUUCCAGGUGCUCAUGACACCUUGCUGGAUCGAGGCUCACCUGAACGGACCACUUCAAUGGAUCGACCGUGUUCUGACUUGCAUGAGGUCCCCUUCCAAAAUUUGCUCUUCUUUCACCUGA